UAUCAGAAAACGUUUCGGGAUAAAAGACGAGAUGCGCUCAAAAAGUGUAUUUCUAAUGAUCCUAAUACUAUCCGAUCUGUACACAUCCAGAACGAUCCUGGUCGUCCUCGCGUUGAAAAGGAUGGUAUGAUUCUAGAGGCUAUCGUGGACUUGGUGCUUUUGAAAAGUGCUGCUGACGCUAAACGACGUACGGAAAUGAUACGUACGUAUCGCACUCUGGAUGACCUACAUGGAGCAAUUGUGGACCUCGGGUUUUCAAUAUCUAGAAGUGGGUUGUAUCUAAGACUUCUUCCGAAAAACUCUUCAACCACCGAAGGAAAAAGGCACAUAAGGACUGUACCGGUGAAACUGUGUAAAUCGCAAAUGGAUGGGCACAAAAAGCAUCCUGAUGGAUUUUUUUGCACCUCCACAAUUCGAAACGUGGAAUCUCUGGCUUCUAUUCUCGGACCAAACCAAGUUAUUUUUUUGAGCCAAGACGAUAAGGCGAAAGUUCCAAUAGGGUUAACUGCCGCCAAUAAACAAGCACCUUUGAUGAUGCACUUAGAGUAUCGGGUCAGGUUGCCCGACCACGACUGGGUUAUAGCGCCGAAGCACAAACUCACUCCAUCAGUUUAUAGCGCUAUGGUGAUAAAAGAGCAUGGUCUUGGAGCUCCAGAUGCAAUCACAUAUUCUGGACCUACGUAUCCAAAAGUUAUCCUGUUCGCUGUUAAACAUUUCAUCGAUAAUGAUCUAGAUGCCAUAUUUGUAAUGACGAAUGCUCCUGGUCGAAGCGCGUACAAUAGAGUGGAACGUAAAAUGGCGCCUUUGAGCGCCCAGCUGGCUGGAUUGAUUCUACCAAGCGACACAUUCGGAACUCACUUGAACGGGAGAGGUGUCACCGAAGAUAAAAACCUUGAACUGAAAAAUUUCAGAGCUGCCGGAGAAGUACUUGCAAAAGUAUGGAGCUCUCUGAUUAUCGAUGACUUUGAGGUCAUCGCCGAGUUCAAGGAACCUAAAGAAGAUUCCAAACUACCGUCACAACCUGAUUCUCAUUGGUAUAGUGUCCAUGUUCGCGAAUCGCAAUACGCAUUGCAAAUAGUGAAAUAUGUGAAAAACGUUAAGCCUACGGAUCAAUUCCUACCGUUGUUCCAAAAUUUAGCGCUGAAGAUUGGUCGACCCACGCCUUCGAAAACUAAUGUUGUGCCAUAUGAUAUGUUUUGUCCCUCAGUCCUAGCAGACCUACCGGCGCGGAUUUGUGAUGUAUGUGGAUUGUAUUUCGCUUCAAAGAAAAGUGUAGAUCAUCAUUCGAAGGCAGUUCAUGGAAAUGCGCGCCAGAGACGGAAUGAAGGUAGUCGGUCGAUAUGUGCAAAAGGCCGGCGAGGAAAAGAAAUACUAUGCUUGGUUCAAGACAACCAAACCGGAGGCGAAGAUGUUGAGUGGAUGGAUGAAACCGAUGUUGAUGUCGAUGUACCUGGUGAAGUAUUUGAAAGUUCAUGCAAUGCUGAAAUUCAGCCGGCUAAUGAGUGGGCUAAAAAUGAGUUCACCGCUGAUGAUUAG